CACUCAUCUCAUCCCGAGAAUCAGUCAAUCAUGGAUCUCACACCUUGCCCUGCCAGACCGCUUCCCUCGACCGAUGACCUCAAACAGUUCUAUGUUGGCAAGGAUGUGAACGAUGUGCCCAAACCGGCCGUCAUUCUGGAUGUGGCCAUCAUCAAACGACAUUGCCAGGCGAUGCUGAAGGCGGCCAAGGCGCUGGAUGUUGGACUUCGCGCUCACGUCAAGACCCAUAAAACCCUGCAAGCCACUCGCCUACAAGUGGGGGAGGAAAGCCGAGAGGUCAACCUAGUCAUUUCGACCGUCCUCGAGGGGGAAAUGCUCGUGCCCCUCCUGAAAGAGUUCCAGAGUGCAGGACGUUCCGUCAAUGUUCUCUAUGGCAUCCCCCUCGUGCCCUCACAGGUCACCCGUCUAGCCUCGGUCGCCCGCCGCCUGGGUGAGAAGAGCAUCUCCGUCAUGAUUGACCACCCAGAUCAGGUGGACCUACUGGAGGCCUUUCACCGAAUUACUGGAUUCGCCGCCUGUAUCUUUCUCAAGGUUGAUUCAGGGUACCACCGAGCCGGACUACCGCCCAACAUGCUGAAUAAACACGGGCUGCUUGAGAAGGUGGCCGCCGCGGAGAGGCAGGGCCACGCCUCGCUGCUGGGGCUGUAUUCCCACAACAGCUUGAGCUACUCGGGAACCACACCGGAGGAGUUAAUGGGCUAUCUGAACCAAGAAAUUUCCAGCUGCCAGGAAGCUCUGAAGCAAAAUCUCCACCUGCUCCCCACCGACAGGGAGUUAGUCAUUAGUGUUGGAGCGACACCGCAGGUGGUCUCCUCGCAGCACCUCCUGCAAGAUUCCCUCAGCGCUGGGGCAAAAGGUCUGAAGACACUGCUCCAAGAUCCGGGUCCCGAUCUCGCUGCAAAGGUCAAGGUGGAGUUGCAUGCGGGCGUGUACCCGUUUCUCGAUAUGCAGCAACUGGGAACCAACGUACACCGGACACAAGAUGCUGAGAGAGAGAUUGGCAUUUCCGUAGUCGCCGAGGUGUGCAGUGUGUACAAUGGUGGAGAGCGAUCGUGUCCUGAGGCCCUGGUGGCGGCAGGGUCCUUGGCUCUGGGCAGAGAGCCGUGUGCGUCGUAUUCCGGCUGGGGGGUCAUUAGUGCGUGGAGAAGGGAGUCGGGCUCUUCCCGACUGAUCGUGCAGCGUAUUAGUCAGGAGCAUGCGAUAAUCAGUUGGGACGACGAGAAUGAUAAAUCAGAGCUUCCACUCAGCAUUGGGCAAUCCGUGAGGAUCUUUCCCAACCAUGCGUGCGUGACGGGUGCUUUGUAUGGAUGGUAUCUGGUGGUGGAUUCCAGCCAAGAUGGCGAUGGGUCGACCGUAAUUGAUGUCUGGCCGAGAGUGACGGGCUGGUAG